UAUGAAGAUCGUUGCUAAACUGUGAUCGCAGUGAAUCACAUCUGUUUAUUUACCUGUAGACAUCAUAGACUGCACUAUGAACAGUGAACACAUGGUAAACACUGUAUCGGUACUUUGACGUUUCAAGAGUCAAGACUAGAUAUUUUUAACUUCUGUGAUGUGGCGAUAAGGUAGUGUCGGCUUUUUACUGUUCAAGUAUUUCUAUCAUUUACAUUUGAGUUUAAAAUCAAACAGAUUAGUAUGUGGUGGUGAUAAUGUGUAGUGUUUUAAAUACGUAGUGUUCUAUAUUAUUAGAAGUUAGAAGUUAGAACACAUUUAUCAAACCAGUUGCCAUAACAGGAAAAAAGUUUGUAUAUAUUCAUAGUUAAAGUGUCAUUUCAUAGUGGAUGUGUUAUACAAAAAUGGAAUUUGAGACGGUAUUAAACGGUGAAUUAGGAGAGUUUGGGAAGUAUCAAUUAAUAAAUAUUAUAUUGCUGGCUCUACCAGCCGUAGCCUCCGCAUUCAUGGCUGGAGAUUAUGUAUUUACAGCGAGUAAAUUGCCUUAUCGGUGCACGGUGCCUUUAUGUGACGAAGACCCCACAGAAUUUGCACCAAAAUGGAUAUUGAAUGCCAUUCCAAGAACUACGACCGGCUUUGAAGACUGUUCCCGUUACGCUAACUUAUUGAACACUACAACGUUUCCGAGCGACGCUUGCCCGGCUGGCCUAUUUGACAGAAAUACGAUUAUUCCGUGUGAAGGAUACGUGUAUGGUCGAACUAACUCCGUUGUUUACGAUUUCGGCCUAGAGUGCAAGGAGUGGCUUAGAGCACUGGCCGGGACAUUAAACAGUCUCGGUGCAAUGAUUGCCCUUCCUUUAGCUGGCUUCGUGUCUGACUACUUUGGUCGUCGGAUUUCAAUCGUGUUUUUUGCAUUCAAUGUAGCCCUUAUAGGUUUACUUAAAGCAUUUUCUGUUAAUUAUACAAUGUACGUAACAUUGCAGUUCAUGCAUACAGCGAUAGGCGGAGGACUUUACAGUGCUGCUUAUAUAUUAGCCACUGAACUAGUCGGCCCUAAAUUCCGUGUCCCAACAAGUGCAGCGAUGUCGUCUUGCUUUGCCUUGGGGCAAGCUUUGUUAGGAGCUAUAGCCUCAGCCGUACACGAAUGGCGUAAGCUGACACUGACAUUGUUUAUCCCCGUAUUUUCCAUACUAUCGUACUAUUGGAUAGUAACAGAGAGUCACCGUUGGCUACUGAGCAAAAAUAAAAACGAUAAGGCCAGAUCCACGCUAGAAAAUGCAGCGCGUUUGAAUGGAAGGAAAAUAUCUGACAAUACAAUGAGUUUUCUGCUAACCGCAAUACCUCGACAAAGGAAUGAGAAAACAGAUAUGAGCCGCAGGCUUUUGAUUAUACAAGUCAUAAAAUCACCAGUAAUGUUACGGCGAUGUUGUACCACACCGGUAUAUUGGAUAGCAACAACGUUCAUCUAUUACGGCUUGUCUAUAAACUCCGUCAGUUUGUCAGGCAAUAUGUACCUCAAUUACAUAUUAACGUCACUUAUCGAAAUUCCUGGUUAUUGGACGGCAUAUAAGGCUUUAGAUAAAGUAGGGAGGAAAGCGACACUGUUUUCAGGGUAUAUGUUAUGUUCAGUAUGCUGUAUCGCGUUUUCGUUUACCCCGAAAAGCAUGUAUGCUUUAUCCUUGAUUUUAUACUUAACAGGUAAGUUUAGUACGGGAGUUAUAUUUACAUCUCUAUAUUUGUUUACAUCGGAAUUGUAUCCGACGAGGCAUCGGCACUCGUUUCUCGGUUUCUCUUCAAUGUUAGGUCGCAUUGGCUCAGUAGUUUCACCACUUACACCACCACUUAUGGUGUACUGGUCAGGAAUUCCUUCUAUGCUAUUCGCUACGAUGGCAGCCUUAGCAGGUCUACUUAUACUUACUCAGCCAGAAACUCGCGGGAGAAAAAUACCAGACACGUUCGAAGAUGCUGAACAAUUAGGAUUAACAUAAGAACAAAGUAAUCAAUUGUUUAUAUAGAUAAGUUUUAUGUACUUAAUUUAUAUAAAAAAGUCUGAUUAAACUUAUUUUC